UCGACAGCACAGGAACAGGACAGGCUCGGUGCAGUGCAUAGGAUUCCAGUAGAAGUAGAAGCUUCAUUCUCAUAACGGCUACAUUUUCCCACAAAAAUAAUUUCCUUUUUAGAAGACCGUUACUCUUAUCUUGUCUUCUCUUUCUCCCCUUAAACCCCGAUCCAUUACUCUCCUCCACCAUCACCAUGACGGUCGCCAGCACCAAGAGACUCUUCAAGAUCACGCUCUCUCUCCUCCGCCUCGGCUUCAACUCCUCCAAAUGCAAAACGGCAGCCAAGAUGGCCGUGGCCAGGAUCAAGCUGCUGAGGAACAAGCGAGAGGUGGUCGUGAGGCAGAUGCGUCGCGACAUUGCUCUUCUUCUCCAGUCUGGUCAAGACGCCACCGCUCGCAUCAGGGUUGAGCAUGUCAUGAGAGAGCAAAAUGUUUUGGCUGCAAAUGAGUUCAUUGAACUCUUCUGUGAAUUAGUGGUGGCCAGGCUCGCAAUCAUUUCAAAGCAAAAGGAAUGUCCAGCAGAUUUGAAAGAAGGAAUUGCUAGCUUGAUAUUUGCAGCCCCUAGGUGCUCUGAAAUCCCAGAACUUGUGGCACUUAAGAAUAUCUUUGAGAAGAAAUAUGGGAAAGAUUUUGUAUCUGCAGCUGUUGAUCUAAGACCUAGCUGCGGUGUAAAUCGCCAGUUGAUCGAAAAGCUCUCAGUACGAACACCACCUGGUGAAGUAAAAUUGAAAGUGUUGAAGGAAAUAGCUAAGGAACAUCAUAUUGAUUGGGAUACUACAGAUAGCGAGAAAGAACUUCUCAAGCCUCCAGAAGAGCUAAUAGUAGGGCCAAGUGCUUUUGUCAGUGCCAGCAGCCUACCAGUGAAGCCUUCUACAGUUAUGUCGGUGGAUUCAAAUAAACCCGCUACUAGAUUAUCGAGGGGUGGAAAACCCGAUGCCGAGCAUUACAAAGAUUCUAAGUCUGCUGCCGAAGCAGCAGCUGAGGCAGCUAAGCAAGCAAUUGCUGCUGCUGAAGUUGCUGCUUAUAUGGCUAUGAAGGACUAUAAUAAUGAAGCUCCUCAACCAUAUGCUUACAAUGAUAAGUUGUAUAACUCAGGAGUCAACUCUGGGACCUUCCAAUCAAACAAUCCUGCAAAAUGCACCCUGAACAUGACACCUAAAUCUUUAACUGAGGAGAAAAUGUACAGGUCACAGAGCUUACCAAGAUCUGAUCAUAUGAACAAUGAGGAGGAUGCAUUGCCUAACCAAUAUGGUGGAAAUGAUUAUAGGAGGCACAGCUACCAUCCAGCUUCCGCACAUUCAGAUAUUAAGUUUGAUGAAUCAAGUUGUGAUGAAGAAAUUGAAGCAGAAGAGCCUCCUCCGGUUACUAUGCCCCCUAAUCGGCUUCCACCACCGGUACCCUCAUCUCUGGCUAAACAGGAAAGCCACAUUCGUGUUCAUCCCAAAUUGCCAGAUUAUGAUGAACUUGCUGCCCGCUUUGAUGCACUAAAAUUCAAGAAGUCACAAUCCUGAACCCACUUUAGCAACCAACCGUUUAUGAAUCUAUUAAAUUAAUUUAUACACAAUAAAUACAUAUAAGAAUAGUAUAUUUUGUUAUAUAGAGAUACUAAGAAUGUAUUGGAUGCUAAACUUUGCUAUGUAUGGUUCUGCCUCAGCAUGUUAUAGUUGUUUCUGGUAUAGUAUUAUUUUCUUCGUUUCGAUUCUCAAUAAUAAUAUUCCAUCAUUCUGACUA